AUGGUCCAUUACCCAGCACGGUUUUUCCGACAAAAGCUUCCAUAAGAAACAAUCUUCGCAUCAAAAGCGUCAUGGAACAGAAGAAGACAAGAGGGCAGCCACUUGACAGAACACGGAGUAUCACAGAGACCCCACUAAUGGCACAUAGAAAGCAACCUCGGCAAGAACUUCCUCAGUGGAGCUGGACCCUCAAGUGGGCGGCGAUCGGUUCUUCGAUUGGAGCUGCAGUUCCUGUGGGCUACUGUACAGGGGUGAUGAAUAGCCCCGCAGAGCUCAUGCGCACCUGGUGCAAGGAAACAUUGGCCUAUCGGUACGAUCUCCACCUAGGCGAAUCCGGUAUAGAACUUCUUUGGUCGGCAGCCGUAUCACUGUUCCUUGUGGGAGGAGCCUUGGGAUCCGUGACGGGGGCCACCAUGGCCAAUCGCUUUGGACGUCGGGGUUGCUUUCACAUAUGCGGCAUCCUACUUGCCCUGGGGGCCGCCUGCUUUUAUGCGUGCCGCCCAUUACGAUCGGUUGAACUAUUGCUAGUCGGAAGACUGUUAGUUGGACUGGCUGGAGGUCUCGUUACAGCAUUCAUGUCCAUGUGGCAUAGUGAACUCGCAGCACUAUCCCAGCGAAGCACUUUGGCACCGUUAUGCCCCAUGGGCUUGACGCUGGGCGUCGUUGUAUCACAAAUCUGUAGUCUACGGUCAUUGCUCGGCGGCGUCGAGUACUGGCACCUGGGACUAGCUUUCUAUGGCGUUCUGGUAGGGCUAUUCUAUGCUCCUUUUAAAUGGUACCCGGAGAGCCCUAAAUGGCUGUACAUCGUAAAGGGCCGCAAAGAGGAGGCUCGGCAACAGCUGAUGAAGCUCCGGGGAUAUGCCAUGGACAGCCCCGCUUUGCAGGAAGAGUUGGACGACAUGGAAUCGGAAGCCACUUCUAAGGCAGCGGCAAGUGGCUUUCUGGAUGUUAUCCGAGAUCCUAGCCUGCGCCUUCCCCUUAUCAUUGUCUGCGCCUUCCUUGGCGGGCAGCAAUUAUCAGGCAUAAACGCGAUCUUUUACUAUUCAGUGUCUAUAUUUCGAAAAGCGGGUUUAACACCGCAGGCAUCAGAGUGGGCCAAUCUUGGGGCAGGUUCCCUUAAUCUGGCCACUUCGAUGGUGGGCCCGAUCCUACUGGAAAGGGUGAAUAGGAGGCCGUUGAUGCUAUUCUCCACCCUCCUAUGCACCGUCUGCCUGUUCCUGUUCGCUAUGUUGCUUUAUUUUAUCGAAAGCGUUAGCUGGUUUGCCGUUGGUUGCAUUGGGUGCAUUUUCCUCUACAUAUUUUUCUUUCAGUUUGGUCUUGGACCCAUGCCCUUUUUUAUCGGAGCAGAAUUAUUCGAACAGGCGCCCCGACCCGCCGCUAUGGCUUUAGGUAGCGUUGUCUACUGGUCUUGUAACUUCAUCAUAGGAAUGGCCUUUCCCACGCUGCAGAACGCAUGGGGAGCUCUGGUGUUUUUGCCGUUCUCAAUCACAUGUCUCUUUCUUUAUGUUUUAACGAAGUACUAUAUGCCCGAAACUCGUGGCAAAAAUCCCUCUGACGUAGCUCCACUUGUCGCUAAUGGGUUCCGAUCCAGAGUACGGGAGAUCGCUCACCUUGCGAACCAAUCUUAGACAUUCUCAUCCUCCACCUCCUCCACAAAUCAUAAAAGUCACUGUGACUUCUAUCAAACGUAAAACUUCUAAAAGGAGAUAGUCUAGGCUUUGAAUUGGAAGGCCUGUUCA